GAUUACCUGAACUUUUUAUGAUCAGUGCAAACUCUGACAUUUUGUUGCAGCAAACAGUCCGUGACUUGUUUGAAAUUCCUGCUUUCAUGGGAGAGACUGCGUCAAAGUUAAAGACGGAGGAGUUUGUUGUGCUGUCUCAGGUGCCAUCCUUAGCAAACCAAAUCUCACCAAAAGAGACCAAACCCUUCCUGGAGGCACUGAACAGCAUUGAACAGGAAAGUGGCGAUCACGCCAGAUUGGGACAGACAGCAAGGGCAGAACUGAGGGAAGGUGUUGGAAAUUCUUUGGAGCAACGCAGGUGUACCAACACUGAAGAGCCUGCAUACUUGGACGAAUUGGCUGCACUCGUUGAGCAGCUUACACCAGUUGAAAAGUAUGCGAUGAAUUAUUUGGAGCUCACGCAGACAUUUAUAACUCCAGCAGAGCAGAGACUACCAGAUGAUCGUAUAAAAACUGCCAAGCGAGUGUGGGAGUUUGGACAUUUGCACUCUCUGAAGGAGGAAAAGAAGAGGCAGCUAGAGGAUGAAGAAAAUGAUGUGUUGUUCACAUACAGUCGGGAGGAUGCUUACAACAAGGAAUAUGUGAAAGAAGGUCAGGAUGGCCAGACUGAAAUAAUGCCAAUUUGGACUCCACCAACGCCACCCCAAGAUGACAAUGACAUCUACAUGGAUCCUGUAAUGUGCCUGCUGUAUGACACUACGCCUAUUCUGGAAUCCAAACUACCCCCAGUUUAUGUCCGGAAGGAGCACAAGAGGCUAAAGUUGGAUCCAACAGCUGCUGGAAAGAAGUUCAAGAAAGCUCGGCAUGGAGAGCCAGUCACCCCACCACGCUCGCUGUUUGAUAGAUCAACACCAUGCAUGCUCAAGAUGCGUCGCGAAGCUAAAGAUCAGAAGAAGAACAUGUUCAUGAAACAACAGACAUCAUUUGCUAAACCGCUGCCCACACUGACUAAACCUCCAGUGGAUAGUGGGACAGACAGCCCUGAGUGGCUGAUCAGUGAGGACUGGGCUUUGCUGCAGGCUGUGAAACAGUUGCUGGAGUUGCCUUUAAACCUAGCCAUUAUCUCCCCGGCGCACACACCAAACUGGGAUCUUGUCAGUGAUGUAGUUAACUCCUGCAGCCGCAUUUACCGGUCACCUAAACAGUGUCGCAACAGAUAUGAAAAUGUGAUAAUACCAAGGGAAGAAGGAAAGUUGAUAUAUGACGCUAAUCCAAAGAAAAAGACAAAAAGCAUUUACAAGAACAAAAACAGUCGUCCGCUGCGAACCAGCCAAAUCUAUGCACAAGAUGAGAGUGUUAUGCAUACACAGCUUUUCACAAGCCACUUUGAGCUUGUGAAGCUUAUAGCUGGCAAAAGAAGUCCGCCAAUCAAACCUAUGCUUGGAAUGAAUCCCUUUCAGAAAAAUCCAAAGCACGCAUCUGUGUUAGCAGAGAGCGGAAUCAACUAUGACAAGCCUCUACCACCAAUCCAGGUCGCCACACUUCGAGCUGAGCGUAUAUCAAAAGAGAAAAAAGCUUUAGCAGAGCAGCAGAGAGCCCAACAACUGGCACAGCAGCAACAGCAAGCACAGCAAAAUACCCAGCCAGCUGCACAACAGCAACAGGGCUCGCAGUCUCAGAAUCCAGUGCUUCAGCAGUCUCAAGCUGUUGUCCAGACUGCUGCAUCCACUGUUACCAACACUACAGUGCUGCAGCCUGGAGCUAUUAAAACAGCAGCUGGCACAACAAGCAUUCAGACUGCCACUGUUGGAGGCAAUGUCAUUGUGAACACGGCAGCGGGAGUCCAGCAAAGUACAUUUCAGCCUAUCAACAAGCGCCUCACUCCACAUGUUAUCUCUGGAACUCUUACA